AUGCCGGAUCUUGAAGUCGUCGGCACAUUGGACGGCCCUCUCGACCGGCCUUUACUCAAGGGUCAUAAAACGCUUCCUCGGCGUCGACAAGCCCGGCCUACUGUCGAAAUAAAUGAUGAUGAUACUCCAUAUACAAAAACCAAGGACGAUAUGGUUAACGGGGACAUCCCUAUCACGCCAACGUUACCGCUUACGCCCCCAAACCAGGUUCAAGAGGAUACGCAGGACAGCCCACCGCGACUGAAUGGUCAGCCUUCAGUUCCGCUGAGUCUCCGUAACAUGACAGAACUCCCAACAGGCUCUCACCAGUUCAGCCCGCCCACGCCUGAUGUCACCCCGCCUCGCGUAAAAGAUACGACGCCGAAAGCCCGGCCUGUGUUCCCUUCUCUGCAAUCUUCGAUGUCGUCGCGGGCCGAUUCAUUUCAGACAGCAAGAGAAGAUAUGUCCGAUGAUGACGCAGUAGAUGGGUCUUGCCCGUCAGCCCAUUCAUUAGUCAUUCGAAAGCGGCAAAGGUCAUUUCCCGACCCAUCGCCUCUCUCAAACGGCUUCGAUAAGGGAAAUAUGGCACGGCAGGAGUUUACUGUAACUGGCUGCACGGAGAAGCUGUUGGGAACGAUUGGGAAAGAUCAAGAUAUCAAGCGGACGAUAAGGCUGGCUUCCUCGCCGCUACCCAAAUCCCAGUCUAAGGGACGAUCAGAUCAGAGGCGAACGGUACCUGAAAAGGCAAACCUCGAAGUGGCUUCCCCUGGAAAGAAAAAUGAGCAUUCGCGCAGCACUCAGUGGGCCGAACCAUCAGAUCUGGACAAGGUCGAUGGAAGAUCCGCUUCCGAAUUGACAAGCAGUGAGCAAAGACUCAUGGACCGAGUAAACACGUGGAGACAUUCUGGUGCAUCAUUCACUUCAACCAUCGAAGCCGUGGUAGUUGACACUUCCCCCCCGAAGCCGCGUGCAUUGAGACACGUCGAAAAAAGAACAUCUCUGCGGUCGGUGAGCUCGCCACAGCCGCGAUCAACACGGACAUCGACAGAGUCCAAUGGGGAUUCGUCUCAUCGUCUGGUACAUAAAUCUGGUCGCAUAUCCAAUCAGAACCGGAAUAGUGUUGCGUCUGAUAUGUCAGUCCCAGUCAGUACCACAUCUACCAAUAAAGAAGUGCACGAGGUUAUUCCUGUAGUUGUUGUUCCGCAAAGACGUUCUUCGCUCAAGUCAUCCGCCCCGAGCAUUACGAAUCAAUCAGCCGUGCGAUCCACAACAUCGAGCCGACGUAAGACCAGCGUGUCAGGCAGCAGAGCCGGUGAUCAAAUUCCGCCGCAAAGAAAACACGCCAUGUCUGAUGCUGCGAGCUCAACAGCCGGACAAAGCGGACGGGAAAGCCGUGGUCGUGGUGUCGGGCGGCCCCCUAUACCAACACGCAGUUCAUCUCUAUCCGCCCCGACGAGUCGCAACAAUUCGCGCACAACUUCACUUACUUCGGAGAGCUUACGCCUACACACUGAACAGAUGCAACAAGCUUUUGAGGUGCCACCGCACAAGUCGUCUAACGUACUACCGUCGCCAAGAAUAGUGCUCCACAGAGGUUCUGAUCCUGCAAAUGCGGGCAAUUCUGUGCCAGCAUCUCCACGGCGCAACCCAGAGGACAUGGAACGGCUUCAUGCUCCAUCAUUGCAUUUCACUCAGUCGUCCGUUGUGUCAUCCUCGCCUGGGCCUAUUGAAAUCAAUGAAGCCACGAUGGUGACCUACUUUCCGCACAACAACGAAUCGCUUUUGGUGAUCAAUUCUCACAUGCAACCCGAGUCGAGGGCAGUUAGGGCUUUACAUGGCCAAGAUUUGAGUGCGCCAGUUGCUGUUUCAACUCCGCAACACUCUACGGCAAUGUUGGACGUUGAAUCGCCCCUUCGCAACCCACGUACACCGCCUCUACCUCCGACACAAAAGGCCGUACUUCCAGAUCCUGUGGACAGUGCACUGGAAGGAAAUGCAUAUCUCAGUCGACAGGGAAGUAACCGUCUCAGUCGAGGAUUUGGCUCUUUAAGACGCGCAUUAAGUGCCCGUCGAAACUCGGACGGUGUACGUCCACAGCUAAUGGCCCGAUCCUUAUCGGUCAGGUCGGCCAGGAGCAGGAGAGCGGAUAAAGCAAGGGAUAGUCCUUUCUGGCGACCGCGCGGAUUUUGGGAUGAUUUUGACAGUUCGCCGGAGAAUGAACGUGGCGCAGCGACCCCAAACGAGCAAUAUCCAGUCGAGAGGGAAGAUGUAUAUGUGAGCAAUUCGUUAGGAUUGCCACAGAAGCGAGUGAUUUUCAGCGGUCCUCUUGUGCUUGCUCGUCGCAUCUCAAAGUCAAGAAAGUCUCGCCGCCAGCAAGCUCGUCGCCAUCAACUUAGCCGUAGCGAUUUGAAUCUUGCUGCGGGGAUUGUUCGUCCUCAUUCGCCGUACCAACGUCAAACAGUCAAAUACAGGGUCCAGAGAGGAGUUCUUUUCCCAGUCAGGACGUUUCGCAAUGUUAGACGACGUGUCAAGGAGGCAAGAAAGCAGCGAGCUCGUGCAGCGCUCGAAGCACGACGUGAAAGAUUGAAGCAGAGUAUUGGACCGAGGAAGGUCACAGAUCCGUAUGGAGUUGGGCCAUUCGAUCACAGCAUUCCGUAUGGGGAGGGUAACGCACGAGGCUUAUAUUAGGUGUCGUCAGGAAGAUCGGCGAGUUUACGAGUUACGAUAAGAACAAUUCAAUGAUUUACGAAAUACGAGGAACCAAAACGACUAUACAUGAACAACUGAAUGUGAAUACAGUUACGAUAUUAUUACGACAACGAUUAUAUGAAGCGGCAUGGUUGAUUUUGGUAUUGAUGUCUAUGUUGAUGUUUGAUGAUUUAUGAUUGAUUAUAACUGUAUACUACCUAUCUAUUUGACUGCUUGAUUGCAAUGUUAUUACCUUUUAUCCAUG